CAGGCGGCAACGCUGAAGCAUCGCCUCGCCUUUCCCAAGACAAUCUACGCUCAGGACUACGUGUUUAGGCCAUCAAGGUGGUGAGCAUCCCUUGCAGAGUCGCUCUACAAAAAUCCAGGCUGGCUGCUUCUGCUUGGUGAGCCGCUGGAAGUGAAGCGCUGAGACCCACAUCUCACUGCCGUUGGAUCCAGGGAUUGUCUCUCUUCACUGGGCUGUGGGAGCAGACCUCACUCCCUCACCUCCAGCUUCUGUCUAACCUCCCACUGAAGACGACGACAACAAUGUGACCAAUAGACUGGGUCAGCACCUUGUGACCUGCUAUUAUGGAUUUGAGUAUCAGCAUACUUUGAAGCAACACUCAUCUAGUCACAAUGGUCCCACUUCUGUUUUUGGUGGCAACCACGACAACAUACAAUUACACCACCAAUGGCAACCAUACAAAAGAAGGCGUUUCAUCCACCAGCCCCCACAUCCUACCCACUGUGCUAGUCCUGUCCUUGCUGCUGAUCAUCUUUGCACUUCUAGCCUGGUACAUCCUCAGGAUAAAAAACCAGAGAAAAGCAGUCGUCACAACAGAUGACAAGAAGAUACCUAAUGGCAUCCUGGAAGAACAAGAGCAACAGACGGUGGUCCUUCUGCCCAGAUCCCCUUCAGCUUCUAAGACCUACUUCCCCAUCCCAGUGGACCACCUCGAGGAGGAGUACAGGCUCCGCUCGGCUGACGAUGGCAAGCUCUUUAGGGAGGAGUACAAUUCCCUGCCAGGGGGUAAUGCCCAAGGGACGUACGAGGAGGCCAACAAGGACGACAACAAGGAGAAGAACAGAUACCCUAACAUCCUUCCCUAUGAUCAUUCCAGAGUGGUGUUGACUCAGCUGGAUGGAAAUCCCUGUUCAGACUAUGUGAAUGCAUCUUACAUAGAUGGUUACACAGAAAAGAACAAAUUCAUAGCAGCACAAGGUCCCAAAGAAGACACUGUAGCAGAAUUCUGGAGGAUGAUAUGGGAGCAGAAAGUAGCGACUGUCGUCAUGCUGACAAAUUUGAAAGAAAGGAAAGAGGACAAGUGUCACCAGUACUGGCCAGAUCAGGGCUGUUGGACCUAUGGGAAUGUGAGGGUGGCAGUAGAAGACUUCACUGUCCUGGUGGACUACACCAUUCGCAAGUUCUGUAUACAAUACCAAGCCAGUGAUGCCACUAAGACUCCUCGGCUGGUUACCCAGCUACACUUCACCAGCUGGCCUGAUUUUGGAGUUCCUUUCUCUCCCAUCGGCAUGCUCAAGUUCCUCAAAAAGGUCAAGACGGUGAAUCCAACCUUUGCUGGGCCCAUUGUGGUCCACUGCAGCGCUGGUGUGGGGAGGACAGGAACCUUCAUCGUAAUAGAUGCCAUGAUAGACACGAUGCACACAGAGCAGAAAGUUGACGUGUUUGGAUUUGUCUCCAAGAUACGAGAACAGCGCUCACAGCUCAUUCAGACAGAUAUGCAGUACUCAUUCAUCUACCAGGCCCUGCUCGAAUACUACCUCUAUGGAGACACAGAGCUGGAUGUGUCGUCAUUGGAAGGACAUCUGCACAAACUGCACAACACCUUUACAAAUGGUGACCGGGUCGGCCUGGAGGAGGAGUUUAAGAAACUGACAAACAUGCGCAUAAUGAAAGAGAACAUGAGAAUGGGGAACCUUCCUGCCAACAUGAAGAAGAACAGAGUUCUGCAAAUUAUCCCAUAUGAUUUCAACAGAGUUAUUCUUUCCAUGAGAAGAGGUCAGGAAUUCACCGAUUACAUCAAUGCAUCUUUUAUAGAUGGCUACAGACAGAAAGACUACUUCAUUGCAACCCAGGGCCCACUGACACAUACUGUGGAGGAUUUCUGGAGAAUGGUGUGGGAGUGGAAAUGUCACUCCAUUGUCAUGCUCACUGAGCUCCAGGAGAGGGAGCAGGACAAAUGCUGCCAGUACUGGCCCACAGAGGAGUCAGCCACCUAUGGAGAUUACGCAGUAGAGUUGAAGGGAGACACUUUGUGUGACACCUUCAGUCUACGAGACUUGGUACUCACCUUUAUCCCGGAGAAACAGACGAGGGUGAUAAGGCACUUCCACUUCCACGGCUGGCCGGAGAUUGGCAUCCCGGCCGAGGGGAAAGGCAUGAUCGACAUCAUCGCCUCAGUGCAGAGACAGCAGCAGCAGUCUGGGAACCAUCCCAUCGUUGUACACUGCAGUGCUGGUGCAGGGCGAACAGGUACGUUCAUUGCACUGAGCAAUAUCUUGGAGCGAGUCAAGGCAGAGGGCCUGCUGGACGUGUUCCAAACUGUGAAGAGUUUACGCAUGCAGAGGCCUCAUAUGGUCCAAACUGUGGAACAGUAUGACUUCUGCUACAGGGUGGUACAAGACUUUGUCGACAUUUUCUCAGACUAUGCCAAUUUUAAAUGACGAGAUUUGCCUUAAACAUGAUUUUUAAUGUUGUUUUCUAAAGCUGGUUUGUCAGUUUUAUGUGUUUCUUUAACUUGGUCAAAUGAUCUAUUUUGCUAUGCACUUGUCCUACUAUUAACUAAAUUCCAUCCUCGCUGUAAUAUAAUGUAUCUCAGUGGAUUAAAAUUGUAAAUGGAAAAAAAGUUAGAUUAAUAAUGUAUAUUUCACAUCAUGUAUGAUAAUUAUUUUGUCAUGAAGUGUAGUUUCAAAGUUGGUCUUUUAUUUCAUUUUUGUUGUAUAAUAUUGUACUUUAAAUGUUUAUGUAAGUGUUAUUUUGGAUUGACCACAUAAUAUUUUUAAAGUUGUACUUAUUGUAAAUGUAUUUAUGUGUUAAUGACGACAUUCCAUUCUUGAGUUUGGAGAACAUGACGGGAAUGUUAAGAUUUUUUUUUUUUUUUUUAAAGAGUACAUUCUUUCAUUUAUUGAUGACUUCUAUCAGAGCUUAGAGGCGGUGUUGAACCAAAUUUUAAUUGUCCUCAAGCUACAUGUCCAUCAGGAAUGUGAUUCUCUCUACUCUGGAAGUAAUGUCAGAAAAAAAGAAUGCACCACUUCAGCCAUAAUGUAGAAAACAAAGUAAUGCAACAGAAGCUGAACUGACAACCCAAUAUGAAUUCAGGCAGAGGUUUCACACUUAGACACGUCAUAGAGUCGUGAAAGACCAUUAAACUGGUUUGUACCUCAAAAAGUGGUUUGCAACUACAGUUUGCCUUUUGUCUGUAGACAGCAAAGAGUAUUUUGCUUAAGUGACUGCACAUUAAAAAGCACAUAUAACUAAGCCUUUUGGAAGAACCCGCAAUAUUCAAGAGUAUGUUUAUGAUUGCUUUAUUUGUAUCAUAUAUUAUAGAUUGUUCACAAAUCAGUGCCAUAUGUCCUUUUUUUAAGAUGUGGAAAAGUAAAACAACCCUGAAUCGAGAGCAGAACAUUUAAAGUUAAUCCAAAAGAAAAAGGUAUGUGUGCUCGCUGACCUCAAUAUAGUAAGCACCUACUUCAUCAAGUAUGACAACUUGUGUCAGAUGCACAAGACAAGUCCUGUCAUGGUAAAAAAAAAAACACAAUACACAUAAAGUGGUGCUUCAGUGCCUGCAUAAUGCCAGAGAAACAACAAAAAAUAUACUAUCAAGGUUUUUUGACUUUGUAUGUUUUGCCACACAGGUCAAAAUGAAGAACCAGAAUGUUUUGUAGAAAGUACCGAGUGGUAGUUUUAUUUGCGAGGCAUUAAUUGGAAAGUACCUGAAUGUAAAAUAGCUUUUUAAAUGAAAUUCUUCUGAAGUAGUAACCCCCCCAUCCAUCCGGUACUCCAACAUUUAACCAAACAUUUGGAAUAAUUUGACCCACCUCAGCUUAAAUCCUCAAAGAAAUAUGUAAUUUUGUUGAUGCUGUUUGUAAAUACUACAUUACAAAGUGCUAACAUUGUGAACGUGAGCAGCAAAGAACUGUCAAGUGAUUGAUCAUGUUUUGUGUGCUGUCUGUCUGUCUGGGAGAUGUGAGGUGCAACGCAAGAAGAAUAUGAGACUAAGCAAAACAACUGAUUUUCCCAUGGCUGCUUUUCUGUCUACACCUUCCUUGCAAGAGUAUCAAGGAGGGUCUGUUUAGACUGCAGCUCUUUGCCUUCGCUCUCUCUGUGGGUGGUCUAUCCCUUUUUAGGAUUGUCAUUGUCUUUGAAAUGCAAGUUGCAAUAUUAAAUUCAUCUGAAAAUGA